AUGACGCCAAUUAGCAGCACCCCGCCCCCGGCAUGGCUUGUUCUGCCUCCCCCGGCUGGACAGCGCCUGAGUGCCCUCAAUACGGCCCUGCUGUGCGGCUGCUCAAAAGGCCUUUGCUCGCCCGGCGUCACGGAGACCUCGGGCUCGCCGCGAUCCAGCUGGCCUGGAGCGAUCCCACCCAUCGGUGCUCGGCGUGUGGGCCACGAAUGGCUGCUCCGGCGCGUGCAGCUGGCCAGCGAAUGCCGGCAGCAGCUGGAGGUUUUCAUUGGCCGCCUGCGCCCCCUUCGUUUUCUCGUUGUCACCACGGCGUGGCUGCCUGCGAGCUCCUCGGAGAAGUCAGCCAAGGACAUGUUUGCGGCCUGGAGGCAGUACCAGCAGGAGUGUGAGCGCAGCAUGGCCGAGGAGCCAUAUCCCGCAGGCCUGAUGUGUAACCGGACUUUUGAUAUGUACGCCUGCUGGGGGGACACUCUGCCCAACACCACCGCCAUGGUGCCCUGCCCGUGGUACCUGCCCUGGCAUCACCACGUUCGUGGCGGGUUCGUGAUGCGGCUCUGCGGCCCGGCUGGCCAGUGGGUGACGGACGAGUCGGGGCUGCCCUGGAGGGACCACUCGCAGUGCGAGGAUCUCAGCACAGACCACCCCUUCCAGAUGCGGUUCCUGGAGCAGUUCCGGCUGAUGUACACCGUGGGCUACUCCCUCUCGCUGGUCUCCCUGCUGCUCGCCCUGCUGCUGCUCCUGGCUUUCAGGAAGUUGAGGUGCACCCGUAACUACAUCCACGUGAACCUCUUCCUCUCGUUCAUGCUGCGGGCCAUCUCCAUCCUCACCCGGGACGCCCUCCUCCGCGUGCGCUUCUCCAAGGACCUGCGGCACGAGGGGGACUUCUUCCAUCUCCUCGGGGACCAGGCUGCCGCCGGCUGCCGCCUGGCUCAGGUCCUGACCCAGUACUGCGUCGGCGCCAACUACUACUGGCUGCUGGUGGAAGGGCUCUACCUGCACAACCUGCUUGUGCUGAUGGCCAUCUCGGAGGAGAGCUGUUUUGUGGGCUACCUGCUUGUCGGAUGGGGAGCCCCCAUCCUGUUUGUCAUUCCCUGGGUGAUCAUCAGAUACCUCUAUGAAAACAAUCAGUGCUGGGAGAGAAAUGAUAACAUGGCCUAUUGGUGGAUUAUCCGCUGCCCCAUCCUGCUGGCCAUCCUGGUUAAUUUUGUCAUAUUCCUCCGUAUCAUUAAGAUCCUGGUCUCCAAACUCCGGGCUCACCAGAUGCGCUACACGGACUAUAAGUUCAGGCUGGCCAAGUCGACGCUGACCCUGAUCCCGCUGCUGGGCAUCCAUGAGGUGGUGUUUGCCCUGGUGACGGAGGAGCAGGCCCAGGGGACGCUGCGCUACAUCAAGCUCUUCUUUGAGCUCUUCCUCAGCUCCUUCCAGGGUCUUCUGGUGAGCAUCCUCUACUGCUUUGUCAACAAGGAGGUCCAGUCUGAGAUCCGGAGGAAGUGGCAGAGGUGCCAGCUGGGCGCGAACCUGCUGGAGAAGCCCGGCCACAGCUGCAGCCACGGGCCGUCCUGCCGCUGCCAGCAGGGCAAGGCCUCUGAGGUGGGCUGCCCCCGGCGCCCCAGCCCCCCGGGGAAGAGGGGAGCAGAGGCGGCGUCCAACUGUAGCUCGGAGAACUCCACGGGCGGCUCCCAGCUGCAGCAGCAGCAGCGCCGCCCCUACGCCAGUACCACGGGCAGCAAAUCCUACUGCUACAUCCCGGUCCAGACGCAGCCGGCGGGCAGGCUGGGGGGCAAGGAGCUGCUCCCCAGUGCCAGGGAGCCGGGGGACAAGAAGAUCUCGGAGAGCUGUUGCUAAAAUCAAACUCGGGGCCCUUCCCGCCUGCUGGACCAGG